CUAUAGAAACUUUUAAUCACCAUUGAGAGUCGUGUUGUAUUUUAUCUGCUGAGAAUGUUUAUAAUGAUUUCUUUCAAAUCACAUCAUAUGAAUUAAGUAGUACGUUUUCAUAAUUUGAAUUAUAAACUUUUUUCACAUCUUUGUGUGAUGUUUACUUUUAUGGUAGAACCUCAAACGUUUGAUCAGAGUUACUGAUACCUGUGAAAAAACUGAGUCAUAAGAAAUUCUCAUGCUAGGCAGAAGUUUUUUUCCAUUGCUCAGUGUUGAACCUGAUGCUUCUUGUACACCAGGCAUGUGUUCAACCAACUGAGUUACUGAAUUUCAAGAUUUCAACUAGAAACAUCUUGCAAAAGAAGUCAUCAUGGCAUCGGUAUGGUUGUUACCAGUCAUUUUUAUUCUUGCAAGUGUAUGGUUGUAUCUUUGCACAGUUUGGUCACCAAACAUCCGUGGAGAGUCUCAUAGUGGUGAACUGAAAUUUCCAAGUACCUUUGAAGACCUCCAAAAAAUUGCUCCUUUACUUCAGCAGUAUCAUCGCACCAAUAGUACCUUUGUCGUCCUAUUAUUUUGCUCUGCUUACCUUUAUAAGCAGACAUUUGCUAUUCCUGGAUCAGUAUUUUUGAAUUGUCUAGCUGGUGCACUCUUUGGAAUAUGGUUUGGUUUUCCCAUCACAUGUUUAUUGACAGCUGUUGGUGCUUCUUGCUGCUAUUUGUUAUCCAAGUAUUGUGGAAAAGAGCUUGUUCAUCAGUUUUUUCCAGAAAAAGUUGAAUUUCUUCAAAAUAAAGUUGAAGAAAAUAAGGAACGACUUCCAUAUUUCUUACUCUUUCUACGGUUGUUUCCAAUGACGCCAAACUGGUUUUUAAACAUGGCAUCUCCUAUUGUCAACAUUCCUCUACACCUAUUCUUUCUGUCUGUAUUUUUUGGCCUUAUGCCCUACAACUACACCUGUGUCCAGACAGGAGCUCUUCUUUCACAGAUCCAAUCUUUAGAUGAUGUUUACAGUACUGCCACAAUAUUGAAACUAGCCUGCAUAGCUGCUGUAGUGUUAAUCCCAGGUUUGCUAGUAAGAAAAUCUAAACCCACCAAAACUCUCUGAAAACAAAAAAUUGCAGAACCGCUGAGUGAAAGUGGUGAAUUGUAUUGCUCAGUCACUGGAUUUUAUAAAAGAUAAAUGCAAUUUUUUUGAGUAACUCGGAACAAAGUUUUAACACUUUGUGGUUUGAUAGCAUGUCAACAGGUUUUUUGAAUAGCACUGAGAAGUUGUAUGUUAUAUUUAUGGUAGAGGCAAACAGAUUUUAAAAUGAAAAUGAAGUUAUAUAACAAGAACUGUAUCCUUACUAUAUAAUGAAUUCCAGAAAUUACUGAUCUUCUUAUGAAACAGACCUGAAUGUGCAGAACUGUGAUGAUCUGUUGAACUAUGUUCACUUCUUAUGUUGAGGGAAGUAUCCAUUUAUAAUGUAUGUAAUAGUGUACAAAAACAUUAGGAAGAUAUAAGUGUAUCAUCUUUAAAAAUAAAACUAAUUUCAGUAAAUAUUUUAUUAAAUUUGGAAAAGUGUUCCAAAUAUACUUUUAAGUUUACCAAUUUUUGCACAAUUAUGUGAAAGAAGAGAAACUAAUGCCUUGAACUAUUAUAUUAUUAAAGUAAUAUGUAAUUUACCUGCUCCAUUUAUACUUUUUUUGUUGACGUAAAUAUAAGUGUAUAUUAACAAUAUCUAUUUAAGGUAAUAUUAUGCAGCCUAAAAUGCAUUGUUCUUAAAUUAUUCAUAUUUAAGAGUGUGUGUUUUCAAAUACAAAGUGGUUAAUGAUAAGUAUGGCACAAUGAAUGCUAGUAACAUUGUUCAGAUAGUCAUGCACAAGAAUAUUGUGAGUACUGUUGACUCUUAAGAAGUAGUUCCAGUUAUAUCUCAAUGUUAAAGGCUGUUUAAAAAACCCACACUAUCUCGAGCCAUAAUAGCACCUUAAAAACAUUCACUUUUAGUUAACCAGUACAUAUUCAGGCCUGUACGUAGAAUGUUUGAAAGGGUGUUCUAAUUUGUGAGAUCAAAAGCCAACACAAAGCAUGCUAAUGCUAUGGGGGAAUGUGAUUAUUUUAAGCCAAGAAAUGUUAAUACUUAACCAGAAGAACAUAGACUAUGUAGGAAAUGUUAUAAGCAGCUGCACUAAAACUAUAUAAGCAUAAUAUUUUACACCACAAAAAUAGGGGGUUUGACUGAUCCCUCCCCCUGUGUAUGUGUGUGAUAUUAUUAGAUUCUUUGUGGUCAAACUCUCGUCACCCUUUCAAUCACAAAAUUCAUACCAAUGUUUCUAAUUUGUUUUAUUGAUUAUUGUAUCGAAUAUAGUUUUGUAUUGAGUUUACAAAAUAACAAAGAUAAAAAUUUUUUUUGAGGGGGAAUAUUUUAGUUUUCAAAUGUCUUAAAAACAUUUGCAGAACCUUAAAUAAUAUUGUCUUGUAUGUGGAUUAAGUUUAAUGUGAGAAUGUUGAUUUUAUUUGAGAUUUUAUUCAUUUUUAUUUCUUAUAUAUAUAUAUAUAUAUAUAUAUAUAUGCCAUGAGUAUGUUAUGUAUAUGUAUUCAAGUCAACUUUUUCAUAAUAGUUCAUGCUCAAUUAUAAAAUUAAAGGGUUUAAAGAAAUCUGUUGGCCAUGUUUUGGUUAGAGAAUUCUGUGUUUUCAAGCGUGCCCAGUUUUUAAUACAUUUGUGAAUUUUAUUUUGACACUCAUUUGAGUAAUUUAUCUGAAAACAAUUUUUAAGAGUUACAGCAAAUGUUCAUGUAUUUAUAUAUAAGUAACAGUUGGGUGGUUCAUUGUCUUUAUAUUUUUUUGAUAUGGUGGGGGACGUUUUAUUUCAUUGUUUUUUUGAACAGUUACUAUUUCCACUUUACUCAGUUUAAAAAUGUAAUUAAGCCAAAAUUUGAAAUGCAUCACAUCCAUUUAAAGCCCUCUUCAUUGGAUUUGUUCAUUAAUUUUCUAUUUAAAAGCUAUCAAAUUUUCUUUUAGCAGUUCCACUCACAAUAGUUAUGUUUUAAUAAUAUUGACACAAUGUUUCCUUAUGGUUUUAGCAGGAUGACAUUUUGCUUGAAAAAUUGUACAAGGUUGUGUUUAUUAUAAGUGAUUGUUUCCUUGUGUGUCAACUGGACAACUUCCUGUUUGUUUUUUCUCUAGACUUACUGCCAUGUAAAACUAAUAGAAUAUUUUUAUUGAAAAAACUGUCCUUUAUGUGAAUCCAUAGUUUUACUAUGAAAUCAAGUGCAAAUAAUUCAUUCCAGGCAAAAAACACCUUAGAAAGACACUGAACAAUUAUACCCAAAUGUAUCCAUGCAGUCAUGGGUAUGAAAGACAGUCUGCAUUUUUUAUAUAGUUUUCUGAAGUGAUUCUGACAUCCACACAUGCACAUCUCUAUAGAUUCAACUGUUAUCAUGUGCAGAAGAUGAAGCAAACCUUGCCUGUGACCUGGUCAUUUGAUGUCAAACUGUAAUAUGCAUUUAACAUCUGUUUAUAGAGGUACCAAAUGUUCAAAAGAAUAUUAAUAAACUUGUCCAUCAAUGAUUUAUGAAGAGAAAAUUAGUAGACAUGAAUGUUGCUCAAAAUGACUGGGUAGAAGAAAAGAAAUACUUCUCUAAAGAAUUUUCUGGUGAUGCCUUCUAAUUGUAUGUGUGAUGCAUGCAUUUUCUAUGUUUCUUCAUUCAAAAACUGACUGAUCUAUACAUGUAUGUUACAUGCUCUAUUUUUUUUUCUAAAAGAUUAACUCUAAUUUUGAUGGGUGUUUACAGAAUUAGUGGAUCACUAAUUUUAUGGUCCAGAUGUAGCCGAGUCUAUUUUUCAAAAUGGACUUGAACAUGAAGCAUGCAAGUUCAUUUACUAUAAACCUGUUUGUGGUUCAGUUAUUCUUUUCUGACAAACAAUUGGGUGUGAAAUGUCGGACUUCUGAUUGUAGGAAAACAGGCAAAUUAUUAUUUGCACAUUGAAGUGUAUAAUAACUGAACCAAGGGUCAAUUAUGCCCUUUUUCUGAUCCUUUAAAAAUAAACAUGAAGCCUAAUCUAUUAUUCAAUCCACGAUAUGCCACAGAGCUAUACCGGUGUAGGGGAAUACCACCACUCAUCAGUAACCUUUAAUAAGGGCAAAUUGAAAAAAUAUUCUUUUAAUCCUAUAUAAAUAUGGAUUCACUGGUGAGUAAAAAUGCAAGUAAGCACACCAUAUAUAUAUAUAUAUAUAUAUAUGUGUGUGUGUCCCCUUAAGAACUGUAAGCAUUACAGUGAAAAUUUAUUCCUAAGUCAAAUUUUCAUUUUGAUCUAUGCUUGAAAAUAUUUGUUUAUUGUACUUUAGUUUUUAUUGAGAAAUUUAUAAAUA